GGAGGGUUUGCCUAAAUAAAAGAGCUCAAGUGAGCGAGGGAGUGAACAGUCACGGGCAGCGUGUUCAGCACUCUGGUGGAACAUGGAUGUGGGGCGUGAGAAGCGGGAGCACAGUGCAGCGCUGGCGGCUCGUCCCCUGAGAUCCUGAUCCGCCAGCAUGCCUUCUGCCUCGUUCGGCCUGCCGGCGGCCCUGGCGGGCCGUGCGCGCACCUGGGUCUGCCUCUCCUGCAUGUUCUGGCCAGAGGAGUUUGACUCAGUCCACUCGCACACCUUCCGGGCGAAGACCUUCAAGAGGAGCAAGCAGUGUGGCAUGUGCAAGCAGACCCUUUUCGGUGACGGGCUGGUCUGUCGAGUUUGCCGGUUAACAUGCCACAAGAGGUGUGAGGUGAAGGUUAAUGCACCCUGUGUACCAACUGCUAACUAUGAGCUGCUUGCAGGUCACCACAUUUCCCUGAGACAUGCCGAAACUAUGAGUUCAAUCAAGUCUUCCACCGAGUCAAGACUCAAGCCCUCACGGACACUGAGCCUGAUCCAGGGAGAGGAGAACUAUGAUGUGGACCUUCUGUAUAUCACUGAGAGCAUCAUCGUGGUGGCAUUCCCUGCCAGUGCUGAGGAACACAGCCACAGUGCUCACCUCAAGGAGGUGGCCACCAUGUUGAGGUCCAAGCAUGGGGCUCAUUACCUGGUCAUCAACAUCAGUGAAAAGAGGCAUGACCUGACUAAGCUGAACCCAAAGGUGUUAGACUUUGGCUGGCCUGACCACCACGCACCAGCCCUAGACAAGAUUUGUACCAUCUGCAAGGCUAUGGACACGUGGCUCAAAGCAGACCCCCACAAUGUAGUGGUGCUACACAACAAGGGCAACCGCGGACGGACAGGGGUCGUGGUCGCUGCCUACAUGCAUUACAGCAACAUAUCAGCUAGUGCGGAUCAGGCCUUGGACAGAUUCGCCAUGAAGCACUUUUAUGAAGACAAGGUCCUUCCUGUGGGCCAGCCGUCCCAGCAGAGGUACGUGCAAUACUUCAGUGGUCUGCUGUCGGGUCAGAUAAAGAUCAACAACAAACCACUGUUCCUACAUCAUGUCAUCAUGCAUGGGAUCCCUGACUUUGAGUCCAGAGGAGGUUGCCGUCCUUUUCUGAAGAUAUACCAAGCUAUGCAGCCCAUUUAUACCUCUGGCAUAUACAACGUACAGGGUGACAGUCAGACCAGCAUCUGCAUCACCAUUGAACCCGGGCUCAUGCUCAAAGGAGACAUUCUGCUGAAGUGCUACCACAAAGGGUUCCGAGGCCCUGCCAGAGACGUGAUCUUCCGGGUCCAGUUCCACACCUGUGCCAUCCAUGACCUGGAUGUGGUCUUCACCAAGGAAGAGCUGGAUGAGUCCUGCAGAGAUGAGCGAUUCCCUGACUGUGGGAGAGUGGAGUUUGUCUUCUCUCUGGGGCCAGAGAAAAUCCAAGGUAUGGAGCACCUGGAAAACGGACCAAGCGUCUUAGUGGACUACAACACCCAGGACCUGCUGAUCCGUUGGGACUCCUACGAGAACUUCCACCAGCAUGGUGACGACCUGCCAGCAGACAUCAUCCACACACAAGGUCCUCUGGACAGCAGCCUCUAUGCAAAGAUUCGCAGAAAGGAUCCACCUAACAGCACUGUAACCACAAACGGCCUGACGGUACCGGGCCGUACCCUGCCUACGGGCGACCCAGCCUUGUCUGCCUGUGACAACGCCCUCUCUGUGAGCAGCGACUCAGGGCACUCCACGGCCUCCAUAAAGACUGACCGCACUGAUGAGCCGUUCCAGCAGGGGGUGCUGGCAAACCAAUCUCUGAGCCCAGCGGAGACAAAAGACCUGGAGACGCUUCUGACGGGCCUGGAGGCACCAAUGCAACGGUCAGGCUGCCCAGCAGUGCCUGCAUCUAUGACGGGCCUAGGUCUGCGCCACCUGGUGCCCGCAGAAGUACAUGUCAACGGUCAUAGCGGCGUGGACCGGGAGACAGACAUCCUAGAUGAUGAGGUGCCGGAGUCCAACAGCAGGGACAGCCAAGGCACCCCGUCUUCCCUGGGGGGUCGGGUCACACCCCCUGAGUUCUAUUGCCAGAGGGAAUCAGUGAUCAAUGGAGAGGGCAGCCUGCACCAUGUGCCGGGGGCGCCUGAGUUAGGCCCACGGGCCCGCUGCAGCUCCUCUGUGCUGGCACACACUCCAGACUUGGACUAUAGCCAUGCUGCCAUUUUCCGCUCCCGCUCCUUCGGAACCGCACCUGGGCCAGACCUGCUUCUAGAGCCCACCCCCAGGGCCCCUGCCCGUGGCUCCAGCAGCCGAGAUGCGGUGCAGCGCGGCAUGAAUGCCUGGCAACAGCAGACCCACAGCCUGCCCGAGCUGCCCCCUGCCACCCCCUCCCAGCAGGAUGUGGAGCGCUCCAUCGAGGACCUCAGCAUGCUGAUGCUGGACCUGGAUCCUGCCAUCCCUCAGCUACCCCAGGUCCCUGAGGCGCGGCCCCCUGCACCCCAGUCAGACUCCAUUCCACAGGGCCCCUUUUCUUCUGGCUCUUCCCUCCUCCAAGCGUUGACGGCCCCCAAGCAGGCCUACAUGGGCCAUACUCCCGCACUCUUCCAUCACCCAGUAGACCCCCCCAUAACUCGCUCUUUUUCAGUAGGCUAUGAGUUCCAGGGGGGGCCCAGAGUGCCAGGGUCCCAGUACAGUCAUGGCUAUGCCCCACCUCCCCUUCCCACUGCCCCCCCUAACGAAGAGAAGAGCUACAGCCUGGAGGGACUGGUGGCUCACCGCAUAGCUGAGUACAAUGCUCGUAUCCAGGGCAUCUGGGAGAGCAUGGCCACCCCCAAAGCAGACCACAGUCACUCCUAUUCCCUUGCUGGUGUUAGUUGGCCCACCCAAGAUAACAGGUAUCUUAACGGACGUGACAGGAAUGGCUGUAAAGGUGUUCAAAGCAAGGAGACACUGGCUGAUGGAGGCACUGCCUCCACGCGACGCCGGACAAACAGCGAGGGCCAGCGUCUGGAUGGCCAUGGCCCAGGCCGCACGAUCCGUUCACCCAUCCGCUGUGUUUCCCCAGAAUUUGUUAACGCCAUCGCUCAGAACCCAGGUGGACGGCCCAAGGAGGGACAGAUGCAUAGCUACCGGGAAGCCUUUGAGGAAAUGGAGGACAGUCCCAUCAGUCCUCCGCCCAGCUCCGGUGGUGAGGCCCCGCCCCUGACCCCAGCCUUCCCCGUCUCUCCACAAACCCCUUACUUCAAUCUGUGCCGCUCUCCUCCAGGCCUGGCCAAGACACCUCUCUCUGCCCUGGGCCUGAAGCCCCACAACCCCGCUGAGAUCCUGCUGCAGCAGAGUGGCUCAGCUAACCCACUAGAGUAUGGAGAGGAAGAGCCACGCAGCUACGUGGAGUCUGUAGCUCGCAGUGCCACCGCUGUCAGUGGGGGGAAGCCAGCAGGGGCCCCCUCAGCCCCCAGUUAUGCCACCGACAGCCUUGCAAAGCAAAUCACCCCCUCCUAUGCCAUGAACCCCCCUCUACCUUCCGGUAGCCCCAUUCCAAGUCCUGAUGGGAUUUACCCCUUUGCUGACAGUGGCCUGUGGACUGUGCCUCCUACUCAGCCCCUAGGGGAUCCUAGCCCCCACCACCCAGACAUCGCCUACCGCCCCACCUCUUCUUCAUACCCGACCUCUGGCUCAGGCACCGCCACAGGCAGCUAUGUUACUACUGACUAUGGGCCCUGCCUGCCGGAGGCUGGGAGCCCCGGAAUGCUCCAGCACUCAGUGGCUACAAACACGCCCCCCAGCCCUGCCUCUUGGCCCAGGCUGACCAGUCAGAACAGCCUGACCACCGAUUGGCUUGGGCAGCCAGCCAAUGGCAGUGAGCCUGGGCCUGGAGGCGGUUCCUUCCCAUGUAGCUACGGCACAGAUGGGCAGUCCACAUCCAGUGGCUAUGUCACUCCCGAUGUGCCUGUAGGGGGCACCUUCCCUAGUCUGCCCCCAUACAUGGUGCCCUUGGGUAGCUUGGACAUGCAGCCGCAACUCCCGCGCAAGCGAAGCAUGUCCAGCGGGGCCGAGAGACCCUCGACUAUGCCCUCCUACAAUGGCAAAGCGACGGCCCCCUCACCCCCAUCCAGCGGUUACAGCACACCCAGCACCAGGCUCGUCCACACCUUAUCUGACUUCUCCAGGCUUUCCACGUGCGAAGGAGGUCCAGAGAACCGUCUCAGUGUGAAGUUUGUGCAGGGCACCUCCCGGUUCUGGUACAAGCCUGACAUCUCCCGAGAGCAAGCCAUCGACAUGCUAAAAGACCGCGAACCCGGCACCUUCGUCAUCCGCGAUAGCCACUCCUUCCGGGGCGCUUAUGGCUUGGCAAUGAAGGUGGUCUCGCCCCCACCAACUGUGCAACAGAGUAACAAAGGUAGUGACACAGCCAACGAGCUGGUGCGGCACUUCCUAAUCGAGACAAGCCCCAGGGGAGUGAAGCUGAAGGGCUGCCCCAACGAGCCCUACUUUGGGUCUCUGUCCGCCUUGGUGUACCAGCACUCCAUCACCCCACUGGCCCUACCCUGCACCCUGCUCAUCCCAACUCGAGGUCAGGAUACCAGUCUGCAUUCUAACCCACCAUCCAGCAAUUUUUCUGUGGAGCGGUUGAACAUGGCCUCUAUUAGUGACAACACUUCAAAUCUACUGAGGCAGGGUGCAGGGCAGAGGACCCCAGCUGAAUCCCACGCAUGUAACGUUCUGUACAUAAACUCCGUGGACAUGGAGUCUUUGACGGGCCCCCAGGCCGUGGCCAAGGCCGUGUCCAUGACCCUGGAGGCCAGCACGCUGUCCACCCCCACCAUCGUCCACUUCAAGGUGUCCGCACAAGGUAUCACCCUCACUGACAACCAGAGGAGAAUAUUCUUCCGACGGCACUAUCCCAUCAACACCAUCACCUUCUGCGACGUCGACCCCCAGGACAGGAAGUGGAAGAAGGCAGAGGGUGGCUCUGCAAAAUUCUUCGGGUUCAUAGCCCGGAAGCAGGGCAGCAUGACAGACAAUGUGAGUCACCUGUUUGCGGAAAUGGACUCUGAACAGCCAGCCUCGGCCAUCGUCAGCUUCGUCUCCAAGGUCCUGACCGGUUCGCAGAAGCGCUAAGCUCCCCUGGCUGCUGCUUCUCCCAGUACACUCCUGAAAACUCUGACAUGCUGCCAUUCUUUGUUUGUUGUUUCUGUUUAUUUCCCUUUUUUGGCUUUAUGCUGAACAAGCAGGGACGCUGUAGAGUUGUCAGGUAGCAGGUCUCCUAAGACAUCAAAGUAAGAGGAAAUUAUGUCAGUGCAUAGUACAGAAGGAAAAGCACGAGCUAAACAAACAGCCAAUGGAAAGACAGAAGGACAGACAGGAGUUUUUUUAAGGGCUUUGUAUUAAUUCACCAAAGUAAAGAAUAAAUUCAAAACACAUAUUUAUUAUGGCAAAAAUGCUUAAAGGACUUCUGAAGCCAAGAUAAAAGUCUGUGUCUUAAAUUUUUUCCUAAACGUUAUCUGUCAUCUUGCCACUAAGCCUAUUAAAGCUCUUAAAUCUUUCAACUUGGUAUAUCCUCAGUAGCCAUUUGCAGUAAUGGGAUAUUCCUGGCCAUUCCAGGCUCUGUCUAUCACUGUCAGUGCUGUAAAGACACUUCUUUCUUAUAAAGCACAGACCACUUACAUUGUAUUGAUACUUUAAUUGUUGUCAGUAACUUUUUUAGGACUCUCUGGGCUUGAGCAGUCAGUCCUUAAUUUCAGCCUCAGAUUACUUAAUCCUAGCUCUCACAGUAAGGUUUGAUUAUUGCUGCUUGAAGACAUGGACUGCUGGUCCUGACAUGGGAUUUCUAUCCAUUUAGUGGGCAGGGGUGCAGGGGAGCAAGGGGAGCGGGUCAAAUCCCCAUUGCACAGGACACAGACAUGGGGUCUCGGGGCAGAUUAGUGUCACUUUGUUGAAGCUCAGAACUUGGUUGUACUUGUCACUUGGGGCAACAUCUCUGUAGACUUCUUGGUUACGCACAUCUCUGCUUACACAGCCUUUUGCUCCUGGCAGGGGCACACGGUGAGAGAUGCUCCACGAUCUCUAGUGCUCGUUAAAUUAGCGCAAUAACUGAACCCGGCAUGACCCACCUUUGUGGAUGGCCCACCCCAAGUGUGAGGCACACUUCAGAUAUUACAGUAAAACACCACUAAGGAACUUCUGCAUGAGGUUGGGGUUCUCCAGCGCUGGGCAGGGCACCACCACCAGGCUCCUUUACCCCAAGCAUCUCUGACAGCCUGUUGUAGACUUUAAAACCAAGAUGGAUGCAUUUGUUCAACAGCUUAAUUUUAUAGAUGGGCUGCAUGUGCAAGAUGUCAGCUCAGAAAUGAUUCAUUUCUAGGUGUACUGGAAAGAGGUGCAGUGCCUCUGUGUCAGGUCAGGUGGGGCUCAGAGGGGGAAUUCUGUAUAUGAAACAUCUUGAUACACACAUAACUCACAUCACAGAAUUACUUUACUAAAGUAUUUAUUUUUUGACUACGUUACUGUGUAUUAACUCAUAUAUACAUGUAUAUUCCACAUGAUUACCUACAGCACUGAAAAAACUAUUUUCGCUACAAGUAAAAGCAUUCAAGUAUAUAUGUAUAUAUACACACACACCUUGUAAAGCGUAUGUAUGGUGAAGCCUGUCACCAUGUGUAGAACUUUUUCCUCUCAAUUUUUUCCAGCUUUUAGACAAUGUUAUUUUCAGCACUUAAAAAGCUUCAGCAGUAUCAUUUGAAAAACACAAGGAACCGGCUUAUGAGAAAUGAUGAAAGUAUGAAAAAUAAUCCAUUCUUAUGAUAAAAUGAUGAUGAAUAACCUUUCUUGCUCAUAGCGUAAGGAAUAGGCACAGAGCCCCAAUAGGUGUUAUGAUAGAAAAAAAUAUUAUUGCUUAGUACUGCAUGAGCUCGAGUUAGUAAUUCGCGCGCUCGAAUUAAUCACCACUUAGAGAGCACGUUUUAGUAACUCGAGCGAACGCAUUACUAACUCGACAGCACGGAUCACUAACUCGAUGGCACGAAUUACAACUCGAGCGCACGGAUUAGUAAACGGAGUGCAUCAAUUAUUAACUCGAGAGCACGCAUUACUACGAGGCUAUUUUUUUCUACCAUGACAGCCGUAGGAGCUCCGUAGAUACGUCACUUCCAAGAGCAAAACAUUUCGCUGUUUAUGACGUGAUAGCACACUGACGCACUUUUUUUUAGUUAUUUGCUGCCACCUUGUGGUGCAGUAGGUCAUUGCUCAUAAUGGAAGAUUUAUUAAGGGUGCUGCUGUGGAAAGUAAAACACUAUGCAUAUUUGGACUGCCUGCUUUUGGGCGGUUCGACAGGGCAAUAGAUCAUUAUGGGUCUGUGCUUUGCAGCUUUUUUAUUUAUGACAUUUAAAAGCACAUACAAAAAUAAUUGACAUUGAUGUUUGUACUCAGUAUAAUCCCUAAAUCACAGUGAGAUCAAACAAAAUGUAAACAAUGUUUUCUGCGAGACCACAUAAAUGCAGAAGGUGAUAUAUGUAUAUAUGGCCAGUCUUUGAAAGCAUAUUUCAGAUGCAACCUAACUCAAAUGCAAAAAGCUCAAACUAUGCACUGCGCAAAAUGCAUGCCAAACUAUGCCAGCUGGACCUGUUUGGGUUUAAAUAUAUUCAUAUUUGCCAAAGAUAUUAAGUCAUACCUAAGUAUGCUUUCAUAUUUCAUCAGCGAAUAUCAGCUCAUUUUGAGGUGUCCUUGGGGUUUGUAGUAUUGAAAGCCACAUAUGUAUGAUGCUGUUUGCUGUUUGCAUGAGUCCUUUCCUUCACUCUCUUACUUCCUUUGAGGAGUAAAGAAUACUAAUUUUACCCCAAGAUCAUAUGGAAGUUACAUAUAAGAGGGGAUAAAACAUUUUAAAUUGACAGUAACCCUUGCAUUUUCAAAUGAUAGCAAGGCAGCUGAAUUGAGAAUUUUCAUCAUGAUGCAUACUUUAAAGAUAAUAAUUAAAAUUUAGUGAAGAAGGUGCGCCUCAUGACACUCUUCUUCAAACUCUAAUUCACAGAGCUCUAACUAACCUGACACCUUUUGAGGAACUUUCUAGCAUUUAUAUUGCUGGGCUUCUAUCUGUGAUCCGUCUUUGACAAUGAGAGUUAUCCUACUCAUCAGUAUUAUAUCCAGCAUGACAAAGCCAUUUGUGUGAAGAAGAAGGAGCUGAAUGGACAGUUAACACAGUGAACAUGAACACUUGUUCACCAGUGUUUAUCCAGGUGGUUAAUGACUUGGAGCAUGUGAAUGUGGUGCUGUGGCUGUACAUUAUGUUGGUCUGUGUUCAAAUUACAUUAUAUUGUACGCCAUUGUUGUUUCUGAAAGAUUCAAACAAUAAAAGCAGCGCUGAAUGACA